AUGACGACUGAAGAAAAUCCCAACCAAAUCCCGUCAUCUACAACCGACACCUACAAAGAAGUCAAAACCGCGCGACCAACCCCAAUUGAGCGCGACAACGGCGACUGCACAUUGCAGGUCGAUGACCGGGAUUGUACGUUAGAGACCAGCGAUCGAGAUUGCACAUUGGAGACCAAUGGCCGGGACUGCACGCUCGAAGUCGACAGACGGGUCGAUAUUACCAAUAAGGAAGCUGUCAAUAUCAACCACAACCAAGCAGAUGAGAGCGGUGGUCCUGGGUUGAGUAUUCCCGUGCAGCGCAAGCGGAGACCUCAUCGGAAAUGGUUUAUUUGUGGUGUUAGUAUUGCGGUUCUUUUGGUUAUUAUUAUUGUGCCUGCGGUGAUUGCUACGAAGCAUUGA